GCGGCGCUCCGGGAGGUUCGGCCGCCGCCAUUUUGUUAGCGGAGGGCUGCCGGGGCGCGCGGAAGUGGCGGUCGGCGAGGCGGGAAGGGACGGGGCUCGCUCGGCUCCUCCCCCGCCGGGGCGGAGAGGCGGGGACUGAGCGCGGCCGGGCCGGGCCGGUGGGGGUGGGGGAGGGGGAAGGGCGGGCGGCGGCGGCGGCGGGGCCGAGCCAAGCGCGGCCCGGCCCGUCCCGGCCCGGCGAUGUCGGCGUUCUCGGAGGCGGCGCUGGAGCGGAAGCUGUCGGAACUGAGCAACUCGCAGCAGAGCGUGCAGACCCUGAGCCUGUGGCUCAUCCACCACCGCAAGCACUCGGCGCUCAUCGUCAGCGUGUGGGAACGGGAGCUGCGAAAAGCAAAACCAAAUAGGAAGCUGACAUUCCUGUACUUGGCCAAUGAUGUCAUACAGAACAGCAAAAGGAAAGGACCAGAAUUCACGAAAGACUUUGCUCCAGUAAUAGUGGAGGCUUUUAAGCAUGUUUCAAGUGAGUCUGAUGAGAGUUGUAAGAAACACCUUGGCCGAGUGCUCUCUAUCUGGGAAGAAAGGUCUGUUUAUGAAAAUGAUGUAUUAGAACAACUUAGGCAAGCUUUAUAUGGAGACAGAAAGGUGAGGAAGCGCACAUAUGAACAGAUAAAAGUUGAUGAAAAUAGCUGUUCACCCCGAAGUUCUCCCACUGACCCUCCACAGACCACAGAUCUCAUUAGAGCAUUACAAGAACUAGAAAAUGCUGCCUCUGGGGAUGCAGCAGUUCAUCAGAGAAUAGCUUCUUUGCCUAUAGAGGUCCAAGAUGUGUCCCUGUUAGACAGAAUAACAGAUAAGGAAUCUGGAGAGCAACUUUCCAAAAUGGUAGAUGAUGCAUGUAUGUUGCUGGCGGAUUACAAUGGCAGGUUGGCAGCUGAAAUAGAUGAUAGAAAACAGCUAACUCGAAUGUUGUCAGACUUUCUCCGAUGUCAAAAAGAAUUCCUUGCAGAGAAAGAGCAUAAGCUGGAAGAGUACAAACGCAAGCUAGCCAGAGUGUCCCAAGUACGGAAAGAGCUCAGGUCACGCAUCCAGAACCUGCCUGAUCUCUCUCGACUUCCCAACGUCACAGGCAGCCACGUACACCUACCGUUUGCAGGAGACAUCUACAGCGAUGAUUGAUUACAAGAACAUCCUUCCAUAACCUCUACUUUUCUGUGAAAUGAGGGGUAGGUCAGACUGAUUGGUACUCUUGUAGUAUUAUUUUUGUAUAUUGUUGGAGAGUGUCCGUAAAAAUACUCUAAUAAUUUAUAAAAAAAAUGGUUUAAAAAGUUGAUUUGUUUACUAUUUUAUUGGCGAGUGAACAUAAGGGUACAUUUAUAAAAGUGGCAUCUGUGUCUAUUACAUUGAAGAAUGGAUAAUUAUCUUAUCUUUUGUAAAGAUUUUAGUUGGGUGCCCUGUAAAAAAACAUGCUAAGAUUUUUCUUAUGUACCCUAUAUUUAAUGUAGAUCAACAUAUAAUCAACACAUACUUCUAACUUGAGACAUUUCAGUUGCUAGUGAAGGAGUGAAAUGUGGAAAUCACAAGCUUAUGUUUGCAAGAAGGUUGAUGCAAUUUAAUGCAAAGUUAAAAGUGAUUGUACUACAUUUAAAUUACCCACUCCCUAAACAAAUCAUGUGCGGUUUUUUGAAGUAAAUGUUAGUAACCAAUUUUGUAUUGAAAAACAUUGAUCAUGUUACGCCGAGCAGAGCUUUAAUUGACUCAAAAUAUUGCAAUAUUUUAGUGUCUUUUAAAAGUCAGCACAAGAAACUGUAGAAUUGACCAGUUUAAUUAUGUUUCAAAUUGUAACUUUCCUUUACAGCUGCUUAGUUUUUAAAUUGAAGGGCCAUUCACUUGUACUCUAAUCCCUUUCUGGAACAUCCGUCUCCAUCUAAAAAGGUUAAUCCCAGAAAUGUGAAGCCAUUUUACAGCUUUAAUUAAAUUGAAAGGUCAUUCUCUAAACUGUUCCAAUUGUUAAAUGCCCAUUAUUAAAAUCCGACAAUGCUACAUACCAUCCAUACGUGCAGCAACACGAUGAUGCAGCCGUGCUGUACAUCCUCUUCCACUGGGAAACCCUGGAGGCCAGCGUGGGCUUCCAGCCCCCCACAUCCACCCACUCCAGCAAACGUUUCUAGAUCUUGAUCGUCUUGUCUCACGGGACAGGAGGAGACAGGUCAGGCCUCUGUAUAAGUCAGAGAGUGGAAAAUUAUUGCUGAGUGUCUGCUUUUAAAAAAAGUCCUUUGCACGGCACAAAUAUGGUCUUUGCCUACAGGUCGCUGAAUUUGUGAAAAGUCUUUGUUGCCAUGCUAUGCACUAGCUUUUAAGUUCACUUAAAAUGUUAAAGAUGCAGACAGGCAUCUAGCAGAUUGGCAGAAAGUUUAAGCUUUCCAGUCAAUCGGGCGUAGACACGUAAUUGUUGAGGAGUGAUUUAAAAAAUGCCUACCUGUAGGUUGGAAAUUUAGAUGACCUUAAAAACGUGGGCUGCAAAUGUUUGAGGUGGAUGUAUCAUUAGAGUAUUUAAUGAUUGUAUUCCCUUCGUGGGUUCACACUUGUCAGGCAUCGUUUUGCAUCAGUUAAGUUCAUAGUUUACAAGUUUAAUACUCCUCACACCAAAGCGAUUUUUUUUAGAAAAAUGUAGCCCUCCUUUUCAAAAAACACAACAAUUCAACAAUUUCACUCCAGGACUAUUUUGAAGAUAGUGACCUGUCGCUUGUUACUGACUUGUACGGGGCUAACGGCUAGAAUACUUGUUGGAUGUGAAUGGAGAAUAAUCUUUCUCUUUCAAAUAGAUAUCCUUGGACAUAAGCACCUCAGUCCGAUUAUCUUUUCUCAAGUUGCCAUGAAUUAGACCUCAGUUAAGUAGGGAAAAAACCCUAAAAGUUGAUAAUACAAGCUGUUGACAUAGCACUCCGUAGCAUGCAAUGUAGAAUACUAAUUUCAUUGAAAACUCUGACUGACAGAUAAGAAAGCUGAAAAGAGUUCAUCAGAGCUCGCUAGCUACCCAAAGAUUUGUAAGUUUUGAGUGGCAGUUUUCUACUCCAUAGGAAAAAAAACAGCUAACUAUAGUGAUUCCAGAGGAGUGUUUCUUUAGUUUAAGUCUAAUAUACAAAAUUAAAUAACACUUACUGGCAUCUUUUCAGUAUAGAUUCUUGAUAAGAAAAUGAAUGUUCAGGUACAAUUUUAAUAUUUUAAAUAUUUCUGUUCUAGAAUGCUAAACUCAGCUCAUAAACUCUUAUAUACACGUAUGUGCAUUACAGUUGCAGUUAAAGCUCAGUCUUUCUAAGGAAGAGCACCAAAUUUGUGAUAAAUAUUAAAACAGUUUAAUCUAUUAAGAAUUAUAAACCAAGAAGGAUAAGUAGGGAGCUCAUGGUUGAAUCACAUCCAUGGAAAGCUUAAUUUGUACCCAGAGGUGAACGUAAGUACAGCGGCAUGGCUUGUUUAGAGUGCACUGAAGGAUCGAAGUCUUGGAUAAUCAAAACCGUAGGGAAUUAAGAUUAACCAGUCUUUCGCUACCUUAAUUAAAAAUAAUUAUAAUAAAGUUGAAUGCUGAAUUUCCUUGAUCUCUCAAGAGUAUUAAAGAAGACACGACACUUCACUAGAAUUGUUUUUCCUAUUCCUAACUCUCAGUGAUUAUGUUUCUUAUCUACCAAUAAUGUAGGACUGAUUAAAGAAUGAGGAAAAGGUCUCAAUUUCUUCUUGAUAUAUAUAUAUAUGUUUUAAUUUUGAGAGAGUGCUAUUUUCUGGAUAUAUUUCUUUCUUUAUUUUAUUGUGAAAUUGUUUACUUCAAGGAAUAUUUCAUAGCUGGGUUCUUGGAAAUGAUCCCUCAACAUUUGUUUGGAGAAGAGGGCUUGUGGAAGGUAAAGGUCACUCUUAUAGCAAGUGUCAUUUAUGAGUGGCUGAAUGGUACGUUGUUUUUUAUUUAUAUAGGAAAGGCAUCAGGUAUCAACUAGUUAGAAGAUUUGUAUUGUAACUGUAAUAGUAUAGCAGGAGAUAACAUGGUAUGAAACAAAUGCAGCCCUGUAGUAUCAAAAAAUACCUCCAAAUUCUCAGGUUCCAAAACUUAGCGUACAUACUUCUGACAUCUCAGGAAGAAAAGAGGCUGGGUGGGGACAGGAAGGGUGCUUAGGAGCCGAAAGGGAGAGCAUGCCUGGGUGGACGUGAAGAGCAAAACAAACGUCAACUUUUGUCGAAGCAGAAGUUGCACUGUGCAGCUGGGCAGCACCGUGUUGUAGCUGUGGACGGGGUUAUACGGUAGAACGGCUGCGGGGUGUUACCACCCUGGGAAAGAAAAUGUGGGGGGGUACCCUGCCCAUCUCUUCUAACACGGCCUGGCUCUGCUCAAACCAGAACGCCCGCCCUACAAAAGGCACAAUUAUAAAAUAUCUGAACAUUUUUCAUCUAAUAAUGAAAGCAUAAUAAUUGCAUUGUUUGCUUCACCAUACCGCACUUUUAUUGAGCGUUCUCUGAAAAAAAAAAGCAGAUUCCUGCAGCUCUCUGCCAUAUGAGAAUGCUUACCUUGGAGGUCACUGGGACUGCCUGGAUAUUCUAUCGUUCGCGCGCUCAGUCUGUGUUUUUGCGGAAUGUUUUGAAAGAUAUCAGGAAUAUUACCCCACUCCUGUGGUUUUAAAAAUGAAUGUGAAGUCCUUAGUUACAAAAAUUACCAUUCUUACAAAUUGUGUUUCAUUCCUUCUUUUGAAGAUUAACUACAGCCUGCAGUAACAUUAGCCUGUUUUACUCCAUUAAUGUUUGUAUUAAUAUAUUAAACACCUCCAUUAACCCCUAGCAACACCAACCAAGCUACGUGCUUAUUACAUAUUUUACCUGAGUAGUCUUCUGAAUGUCGGACUGAGCUUUCAUUAUGAUAAAAUUACAUUCCUGGUUACCUGAAGUUUAACAAGACAGUGCGUUAGGACUUCCAUAGUCUCAUACUGCUCUUACGAGUCAGUGGUAACUCAGUUUGGUGCUUCAGUGCUGACCCAAAAUGCAGUAGCCCCCUGUGCAAAUGACCACGGACGACAUGGCAAUCAUAUGUAGGCUUGAUUGGCCCUCUGGCAGAAGAGCUGGAUUUCAACCUUUGGAAACAUAAGCCAACAGAUUUGUGGGUGUGGGUUUUUUUGGUGGAGAAAUUAGUGACCUAGAAAACCAGCACCUCUAAGAUUUCACAGUUACAUUUCUAAAUAGUUAGGGCCAGUUCUGCUCAUUACUCAUGCAUAUAAUCACAGUGACUAUUCCUGCAAGAAAGCAGACUCAAAUGUAGUGUCUGAAGUGGAAUUUUUUUAUUUAACGAAUGACCAAUUUUGUCUCCACUCCUAUUUCAGUGUGUCAUUUAUCUUGAUUAAGUAGUAAAUCUCUUCCAUCUUGUUAUUUAGGAAUCUAAUUCUGAUUUCAUCCUCACAAUAUUUAAAGUAUCCUACUAAGCAUGAUGUUCUUGUGGGAAUUUGCAGAAGUUCAAUAGCACUCGUUACUUGUUUGCAACAGAAAUAGACUCAUUUGUUAAAGCUAACAAGAAAAGUUUGAAAUGUUAAGAUGUUUCAUUAUUGUGCUUUUCUGACAGAACAUGUAAUCCUUGUGUAAUUUAUGUCCUCAGAAUAAUACCUGUAUGUACGCUCUUUCAUAUUUAAUAGAAUAAAACAUUGUUGUAAAAACA